ACACUGAUUGUCACAAUUUUCUGUAUUCAAGUCGGAGCACUGAAAUAGUAGCUAAGCCAGGUAUUACACAUUUCAUGUUGUCACUUUAACCUGGUGAAUUCAAUAACAUUAGAUAGUACAAUAGCGCAUUUAAUUGUUAUAUUGUCUACAACGAAAUUUAUUACUUAGUACAUCAAAUAAUAUAAAAAUGGCCGACAGUCCUAGCUCAGGGUCUGCUGACAGCUCACCCCAGGUCGAAAAAGGCUGGGGAGCAUUAAAACAACAUGUUCUCGCAAAUAAAAUCAAUGCUGGACUUUGGACAACCCGAGUAUUUACUAUUCUAUUUACCGUUGCAUUUUUAAUUCCACUCUUCGGAAAUCCAUACAAUGCCUAUUACAAAGCACUGAUGAGUAGUGCAGCUACCAGUGCACUCAGAUUGCAUCAAAGAGUUCCAGUUGUUCGGCUGAACAUGCAAUUUAUUGAAGAUUUACUUUUGGAGGACUCGUGCCACUACUUACUUUACUCAAUAAUAUUUUUAUAUGUGUCACCUGUGACAAUGGUUCUGAUACCGGUUGUAUUAUUUGCAAUACUACAUGCGGCGAGUUAUUCUCUUGCAUUAUUGGACACACUCGGACAAAAUAGUUGCUGGCCGGCGCGUCUUAUGAUAUCUAUAGUUGAAUUUCAAUCACGCAAUAUUUUACGUCUUUGUGGAUUGUUGGAAAUCAUGAUACUACCACUUACAGUUAUUCUAGUCUUCACUGGACGUGCUGGUUUGUUGACACCAUUCGUAUACUAUCAAUUUUUCAAAAUGCGUUUAUCGUCACGAAGAAAUCACUUUACACGCAAUAUCUUCCACGAAUUGAGAAGUGCACUCAGUUCCGUGUCAACACGACCAUCAAUGCCUGGGAUGGUCAGGUGGCUGAUAAAUGGUCUUCUUAAAGUCACCCAACAAAUGACUCCAAAUCCUGUUCCUCAGUAACCUUAAUCUAUUCCCCGUGAGUUUGAAUAACAGUUUUAUUUUAUUUUAUUUUUUUUUAAAUACCAAAUCAAUUUUUUUUUUAUUCAUUAUGAAACCUAUUUACAAACGCAAUUUUUACAGUACAAUCGUUCGAACAAUUUUAUCUACACAAAUAAUAUUUAAAUAUUAAUAUAUUGAUAAUAAUUAAGAAUAUAUAUUUAAACUAAAUUUAUAAAUUUUCUCACAUUUUACAAUUUCUUAUAAUCAAAAAGUACAUAUAUAUAUAUAUAUAUAUAUAUAUAUAUAUAUAUAUAUAUAUAUAUUGUGGCUUUUAACCUGGGCGUUUAGUUCUAAUAACAAAAUUCAAGCUCAAUAAUAAUUAAUUUUGAUUAUUAAAUCAAAAUUAACAAACGAAUUUAUUUUUUUUUUUUCAUCAUUAACAAUUUUCCUGGACACUUGAAAUUAUUAACUUGUCUAAGGAUCGAUUAUGUUUUAUUGCAAUAAAAAAAAAAAACAUUUUUAAUGGUAAUUAUUAUUUUUAUAUUGCAAUAAUAACAAUUAAUAAAAUUUGGUGCAACGAGAAAUAAUUAUUUAAUUUCUCAAACUCAUAGCAAAUUUAUGUUAAAUUAUUUAAAUUCAGUCUCAUAUAUUUCGCGUUACUAAUUCCAAAAGUACUUGUAUUUUUUUUAAAGAACUUAUAAUUUUUUUUUUUCAUUGCCAAUCGUCUUGUAGAAUUAUUUUAUAAGUAAAAAUUGAAAAAAAAUUUUUCAGUUUCAAAAUAAGUCUAUGAUACUGAAGUUAGCCGACGUCGAAUAAUUUUUUUAUUUUUCUCCAAUCGAUGAAUUAUAAAAAAAAAAAAAAAAGUAUUUAAAAAAUUGCAUCGCAGUUUUUUUAAAUUUUCUACAUGUGAAUAUUUUUAGUUUUCUUAAUUUUGUAACUUUUUUUGAAAAAAAAUUCAAAAAUUCUUCAUUCUCUGUGAACUUCAGGAUCAUGUAACCCUACAAUAUGAUUUGCAAUUAAAAAAAAAAAUUAUACGCACUUUUGGUUUUAAACUCAGUGACUAAAGUUAAAAGGGCGUUUAAAAAUAUAAGAUUUUUUGGAAUUAGUGACGCGAUUUAGUAAUAAAAAAAUUAUAAAUUAUUAUGAGUGUGAAUGUAGCAGACAUGAGACAAUUAAUAAACUUGAAAUAAAUAAAUAAAUUAAUUAAUUGAAUCAAUGAAAUUUUAAAAAAUGUGCAUACGGAUUUUGCAUUUAUCUAAACAUGCAUUUUUUAAUUUUAACUCUACUGACAUUUUAUUUUAUUUGAAAUUUUAAAUUUGUCUGAUGUCCGCUACAUUCGCACUCGUAAAUUAUUACUGAAAUUUUUUGUAUGAGCGAGUGUUUAAAUUUUGUGGGUGUGUGUGUGUGUGUUGGUGGUGUAUAUACUACUUGCAGUACAAAAAUAUAUUGUGAAACAACUCAAAACAUUUUAUUCACAUUCACAUAUCCGGUAUAAUCUUUUAUUUUAUUAUUAACGCAACUUAAUCAUUUUAUUUUAUUUUAUUCUUCGCACUUUUGUUACACAUCGCAUCGCCGGUUGUUAAAAAUAAUCAACAAUCGACUUAUUGAUCAUUAAAUUUAUUAUUUAAUAAUUACAAUAUUUAAAUAAAAUAUAAAUUAUAGCUGUCAAUGUAAAGUUUGAGAUUCACGCACUGUUUGUCAUUGACUUGCAAGUGUGUAUUGUAUUAUUUAUAAUUAUAAUUAUUAUUGUUUAAAUGGUUAAUUAAAGUUAUAAGAAAAAUGAUAAUCUUAUAGAUAAUUAAAUGUUAUGGUCUGUGGAUGUUUCAAUAAUAAAUUGUGGAUAGUUGUUUA